AUGAUUCUUUGGGCUGAACUUGCCUUGUUCUCCUUCUGGAUCCUGUCUCUCUGCUCUGUUGCCUUGGCUGGGGUUCACCAUCUCUCCUGCUCCCAGUUCAUCUACCCCUGGGCGGCCCCGGGUCUGCCCAAGCGGCUGAAUGUGAUGAAGAUGAACGACCUGGUGCUCUCGGCCUAUGACAGCAACACCGGCAGGCUGGCUCCUCGCAAUGGUUACAGCCCGGACGACCAGGAGAGCCAUCAGUUCUGGAGUGAGAUCAGAGCUUGGUACCAGGCCUGGGACUCCUGGGUGGAGACCGAGUACCAGGGCCUGGUGAGGAAGAUGAACACUAGCUCCCCAAGGGCGGAGUCCUACUACAUGCAAACCCUGAAGACCUGUGAGCUGGACAAUGACACGGAUGCCAUCCGAGCUGUCACUAGGUAUUUGCUCAAUGGGGAGGACGUGCUGUGGUACCAGGCCGACCAGAACCGCUGGUUCUUAGUGCACCCAGAGGCCUUGCAUGUGGCAGAGCUCUGGAACCGCGAAGGGGAGACUUUCGCUGCGUUGAAAGUACACACGCAGCAGCAGUGCAGGUUCUUGAUGAAGAUCAGUGUGCCUUUAAUUGCUCUGAAGACAGCCCAGCCCACAGUGCAUGUGGCCCUCUUCCCAGGGACCCAGGACUGGCCGCGCCGCCUCAUCUGCCACGUGACGGGGUUCUAUCCCCGUGACAUCGAGGUGGCCUGGGAGCGGGGAGGCCAGGUGGCCCAGGGGGAGCAGUUGACCACAGGAAUCCGACCAAAUGGAGACCCCACUUUCCAGAUCCAGGUGUCCAUUGAGCUGGGGCAGGACGGGGUCGGCCCCACAGAGCAUGUGUGUGUGGUGAGACAUAUUAGCCUUUGGGGUGCCACCCUGAGGGUGACCUGGGAUUCCCAGCCUGCAAGCUAGCCUGGUGUCCUGGUGAUUGUUCCUGUCUGUAUCCUCGCUGCCCUGGGAAUAGGGACCCUGAGCUGGUACCUAUGGAGGAGGCCAGGGGGCUGUAAGGGGCCGUAUCGCCUAGCACAGACACAGCCAUGGACCCUUGACUCUGCUCCAGCCACAGCUAAACCAUCAGGAGGCUCAUCGUCCACGGCACUUUCUCUCUCUCCCGGGCCCCCUGAUCUGCCCAAGCAUCUGAAAGUCAUGAAGGUGAAUGACCUGGUGCUCACAGCCUAUGACAGCAACACCGGCAGGUUGGCUUCCCACAGUGGAUACACCCAGGGUGACCAGAAGUCUCACAAGUUCUGGAGUGUUGGUACAGCUUGCUACUGGGCUUGGUUUUCCUGGGUAGAGACCGAGUACCAGACCGUGGUGCGGGAGGUCAACAACAGCUCCCCAAAGACAGGUGAGUCCCUGGCCCCAGCACUGAGCUUGGCUCAUAAAGGGGAUAGCCAGGCACCUCAAAGGAGGUAG